AGCAAAGGACAAGUUGCAGAAAGCAGGGAGCUGAGGUAUCCGGCCUCUCAACAGGAUCAACCACCAGCAUGGCUAUCUCCCCUACAGACUCAACAAUGAGCAAACGGAUGGAGGGCAGCCAGGCAGGACUCAGCCUGACUCCUAGCAAAGCUGGCAGCCCCAUGUUGCUGUGCAAGGUGUGUGGAGACACUAGCAGUGGAAAGCACUAUGGUAUUUAUGCUUGCAAUGGCUGCAGUGGGUUUUUCAAGCGUAGCGUCCGCAGGAAGCUCAUCUACAGGUGCCAAGCUGGCACAGGUAUGUGUCCGGUGGACAAAGCUCACAGGAACCAGUGCCAAGCCUGCCGGCUGAAGAAAUGCCUGCAGGCUGGAAUGAACAAGGAUGCUGUGCAGAAUGAACGCCAGCCCCGCAGCACAGCCCAGGUGCGACUCGAUGCUGUUGACCUGGAUCCCGACAGGCAAGCUGAACACCUGACCACAACGCGGGAUGUCCUGCUGCCACCACUGCCACCACCCUGCCCCUCCCUGCCGAGCCACAGGGGCCCCACAACAGGGGCUCCGAGGAGCCGACCCACAACUCCCCCCAGCAACCACCGCUUCAUGGCCAGCCUGAUGACAGCCGAGACUUGUGCCAAGUUGGAGCCAGAGGAUGCCGAGGAGAACAUUGAUGUCACCAGUAACGAGCCAGAGCGCCCAGCGGGAGAGGCCCACGUGUCCCCAUACCCCCCCACCAGCUCUGAGAGUGUCUAUGAAACCUCUGCCCGGCUACUCUUUAUGGCUGUAAAAUGGGCAAAAAACUUGCCGGUCUUCUCAAACCUGCCCUUCCGAGACCAGGUGAUCUUACUGGAGGAAGCCUGGAGUGAGCUGUUCUUACUGUGUGCCAUCCAGUGGUCUUUGCCGCUGGAAAGCUGCCCCCUCCUCUCUGUGUCAGAGCUGACCCCCACCCUCAAUGGAAAAGUCAUGUCUUCAGGAAUGGACAUUCGUGUCCUGCAGGAAAUAAUUGCACGUUUCAAAGCGCUUGGUGUGGAUCCCACUGAAUUUGCCUGUAUGAAGGCAAUUGUACUGUUCAAACCAGAAACACGAGGUCUGAAGGAUCCAGACCAGGUUGAGAAUUUGCAGGAUCAGUCUCAAGUGAUGCUGGGACAACAUAACCAAUUACAUUACCCCAGCCAGCCAGUCAGGUUUGGAAAGCUGCUUCUGCUUCUGCCUUCAUUGAAAGUUAUUUCUUCAGACCGCAUUGAGCUUCUUUUUUUCCGUAGGACCAUUGGGAACACUCCCAUGGAGAAGCUGCUCUGUGACAUGUUCAAGAACUGACGCCUCCAAGAUUCCAUAAUGCCAGUAUUUCUAUUUAAAAACCUUGAACAAAGCACAUGACACAAGCAAACGCUUCCUCAUGCAUAGGCUUUGGCUUGUCAUAGACUGGAAGGUGGCAUUUGGCUGCAGACCAGGAAAGUCGCUAGGACCCAAACACUGAAUUUUUACAAGGAGUGUUAAUAGUUGCCUGAAGUCACACCCUCUUAUUAUGGGGCCCCUUCUUAUUCCAAAGAGGCAGUAGGUUUGGGUGUAUGUAUGUAUGUAUGCAUAUGUGUGGAGAUGCACUUUGUACCUGCUCAGAGAACUCAUCAUUGUUUCCAUGGCCGGGUUUUGGCCUUGAAAACAGGUUCUUGGACUCAAAUUCAGCUCUAAUUUUAACUAUAAAACUUGCUCCUUAGUGCUGUAAAGUGCUUCUAGCCCACAAAGCUUAGAAUGAACAAGUAGCACAUUUUCCUUUAAAGACAAUCAAGUGUACUUCUACAAUUCAUAGAAGUGGAAACACAGUG